AUGUCUGAAAAAGAGAAUCCCAUAGUCUUUUUCGAUAUAUCUAUCGGUGGACAACCGGCUGGACGAAUGAAAAUGGAAUUAUUUGCUGAUGUGGUUCCAAAGACUGCAGAGAAUUUUAGGCAGCUGUGUACAGGUGAAUACAGGAAAAAUGGAACUCCACAGGGAUAUAAAGGAGCCACAUUUCACAGAGUGAUUAAAGAUUUCAUGGUGCAAGGCGGUGACUUUGUAAAGGGAGAUGGGACUGGUUUGUUUAGUAUUUACGGAGAAAAAUUCGCUGACGAAAACUUUACAUUAAAACAUACUGGACCCGGUCUUCUUUCUAUGGCCAAUGCUGGUCCAAAUACAAAUGGAUGUCAGGCAAGUCAUUUGUUUUUCUUCAUCACAUGCGCCAAAUGUGAUUUUCUUGAUGGUAAACAUGUGGUCUUUGGAAAACUCAUAGAUGGAUUGCUCACAUUAAGAAAAAUCGAGAAUGUUUCAACAGGGCCUGGAAAUCGGCCAAAAUUACCCGUAGUUAUAACAGAAUGCGGACAAUAUUAA